GGGGAGACAGAGAUCCCAUCAGUGGCCGUCACUAAGUCUCCUAAAGGACUCAGCCUGGAUGGGCUGGAGAUUGAGCCUGACUCCUACGACGUCCCCGCCGACCUCUCCUCCGAUGAGGAGUACUUGAGCGUGGAGGAGACGGACUCCUCACGAGCAGCUCGCCUCAAGAAGUCAGUCGUGAAGAGCACGGAGUCCCUGAAGGCCGCCUUCUCCAAGGAGAACAUGAACAAGACUAAAGACAACCUCGGCACCAAGUUCCACAACCUGGGCGAGAAGGUCAUGCCACACGAGCGCCGGGAGAAGAUGCACCAGGCCGGAGAGCGACUGAAGCAGUCCGGUGAGCGGCUGAAGGAGAACAUCGCCAAGAAGGCUCCGAGCAAAGAGACGUUCCGCAUCAAGCUGAAGAAGGAGAGGGCCGUCGCUGAGGGACAGGAGGGCGCGGAGGCCGACCCCGAGGCCCAGGUCGAGGAUCCGCAGGAGCCCUCUCCGGGUGUCGCCUACACCGAGGUCGGCCUGGAAACCAAAAGGGAGGGGCCUGUGGAGGAGGCCGGCGCCACCCGGAUAGGAUAGAAAGACUACAAGAAGAAGAUUGCACGUGACUGGACAGCACUGACAGGGAGAGGAGUUGGGACACUCGGACAACAAGGAUGGACACUUUCAUUAGACCUGAGACGGUGUUGGCACUGAAGACAAAAUAUCAAUAUAUGAACUGGUAAUUUAUUAAAUGUGCAAAUUAA